UCCCGUCGCUACGACGACGAUGGCGAAGCUUCAGCAACACUCGAUGACGCUCGCGCCGCUUUUGUCUCGAGCUCCUACUUCGAGACUUCGUCCUCGGCCUCUAUUGAGCUCUUUCAUCGCCUUCUCUGUCCCCGCCGUCCGUCCCGAGAGAACCCGCGUCCUCCUCCUUCGUCCGUUUUCUGAUUCUCGGCGCCGGUUGCUGUGUCGAAUGAGCGGUUCAGAUAUGAUAUCACAGCUCGAGCUUGAGAAGCCGGAGCAGAGGCCAGUCAAACGCGCGAAUGGGAUUUUCUGGAUUAUACUCUUAAACAUUGGAAUUUAUGUAGCAGAUCACUUGUUUCAGGUCCAGGGAAUCAAAAGUCUCUACUUGUACCACAAUUGGCCUACUUGGUACCAGUUCGUGACAGCAACAUUCUGCCAUGCUGACUGGAACCAUCUCUCAAGCAACCUUUUCUUCUUGUACAUCUUUGGUAAACUUGUUGAGGAAGAGGAAGGAAAUUUCGCGUUAUGGUUCUCCUAUAUUCUAACAGGGGCUGGAGCAAACCUAGUUUCAUGGCUUCUUUUACCAAGAAAUUCAGUUUCUGUUGGAGCCUCUGGUGCUGUUUUUGGGUUAUUUGCCAUUAGUGUGCUUGUGAAGAUGUCAUGGGAUUGGAGGAAGAUCCUUGAAGUGCUUAUAUUGGGCCAGUUUGUAAUAAAGAGGGUGAUGGAAGCAGCUCAAGCUUCAGCAGGUUUUUCAGCCUCUUUGCAUGGAAACUAUUCGUUACAGAGUAUUAAUCACAUAGCCCAUCUCUCUGGCGCUCUUAUUGGUGUGCUUCUAGUAUGGCUUCUUAGCAGAGUUCCUUCAGAAUCUCCUAACCAGGAUAAAUCGAUUCCUCAGAGGAAAACAGAUGGAAAGUAAUUAUUUGAAUUAUCAUGUAUUUAGUUGAAUGUGAUCAUAUAUGUAAAGUUAUCUUUUGUUGUAAUUGUCCGAUUGUUUGAUUUUCUCAAACCAGAACAGUCCUGGUUCAUACCUUCGGUUCCUUUUACUCGUGAGUAAAUUGUUCACGAUGAAUGG